AUGGCCUCACGCGCAAAAGCCCAUCACGAGGCCCUAAACUCCGCCUACGCAACCUACUACGCCCCCGGCACCUCCACCAACCCAACCCCCACCUCCUCGACAGAAACCUCGCGCUCCUCCUCCAUCGCCAUGCUCUCUUCCACCACCCAACAACACACCCAAAAGCCCACAAACGCCUCAAAAGCCUGGUCGGCCAUCAAGAAGCACCACCGUGAGAUGAACGAAGCCUACACUGUCUUCUACAGCCCCGGUGUCGCUUCCUCUCCCACUUCGCCCAACUCUAGCGCUGUGUCUUCGCCUCGCCAGAGUGCCGAACACCAGGCGCCGCGCCAUGAACUCGCCUCUGAGCUGCCGCCGCGCAAUGCUACCAAGGUGUGGAAGGCGCUGAAGAACAGGGUGGUCGAGCACCACAAGAGCGUCAACUCGGCGUAUGCGAAGACGUACGGUCUUCACUAG